CCCAGUGCCGUCAAGUCGCUCACCUCAAUCUACGGCAAGUGUCAGGGGAUCGUCGGUCGCGGCGCCUAUGGGAUUGUCAAGGUGGUUUCCAAGGAACACUGCUCAGUGACGGCACAGCAACAGCGCUCUGGUCAGUUUUACGCGGUGAAGGAACUCAAACGGAAGUCGAACGAAGACAUUCACCAUUUCUCCAAUCGCCUUACGUCUGAAUUUUGCAUUUCCUCCACCCUCAACCACCAGAACGUCUCCUUCACGCUCAACCUCAUGCGCGAUGUCACAGACACCAUCUCCGUGGUACUUCCUCUCUGCGCGGGUGGUGACCUUUACAACUUGAUUCUGACGUCGGAAGGCUUGGACGUCACCACGUCAGAGUGCUUCUUCAAGCAACUUUUGCGGGGGAUUAAGUAUAUGCACGCGCACGGGAUUGCGCACUGCGACAUCAAGCCGGAGAAUAUCUUGCUCACUUCCACUGGGUGUCUCAAAAUCACCGAUUUUGGCACUGCCUGUGUCUUCCGUACCGCAUGGGAACAUAAGGUUGUGUUGUCGUCGGGCGCGUGCGGGUCUGAGCCGUAUGUUGCGCCGGAGGAGUAUGUUUUGGACGAGUACGAUCCGCGCCAUGCAGAUGUGUGGUCUGCGGGUAUUGUGUAUAUGACGAUGCGCACGGGCUCAUAUUUGUGGCGCAUCGCGAAGCUGCUGGAUGAGUUGUAUUCACAGUAUCUUAAGGCGCGGCCACAGUACGAGUCACGCAAGUGUGUUCUUCGGGGGCGGUUUGAGGCGAUUGAGGCGUUGCCGGGGGGGAGUGUACCGAAAGAGAGGCGGAAAAUUUUGUAUGCAAUGUUGAAUCCGGACCCGCUGUUCAGGUGGACGGCGAGGGAGGUUUUGAAAAGCGAGUGGUUGAGGAGCAUUGAUGUGUGCGAGGCGGGG